CCGUUACACCAAGUACAAAAGGCCUCUCUCUCUCUCUCUCUCUAAUUUCUUUUUAUUUUGUUUUUUUUAUCUGCCAAUAAAUUCGAGCUGGUGAUCUACUUGGAUUCGUCUACACGCCUUCUCUGACUUGUUCGAAACUUGAAACAACGGGCUUUCAUGGCGUUUAGGUCGGCGAUGCUGAGCAAGGUUGUUUCCAGGAGCUCUGUUUCCUGUUCGAGAUGCAUGUCUUCCUGGUGGGGGAGCGUUGAACCUGCCCCCAAGGAUCCGAUUCUCGGCGUCACAGAGGCUUUUCUUGCGGAUCCGAGUCCCGAUAAAGUCAAUGUUGGAGUUGGUGCCUACCGUGAUGAUAACGGAAAGCCAGUUGUCCUGGAGUGCGUCAGAGAAGCAGAGCGGAGGAUUGCAGGAAGCUUAAACAUGGAAUAUCUUCCUAUGGGGGGGAGCAUAAAGAUGGUUGAAGAAACAUUGAAGCUGGCCUAUGGGGAGAAUUCUGACUUCAUCAAAGAUAAAAGGAUAGCGGCAGUGCAAUCUCUAUCUGGAACUGGUGCAUGCAGGCUCUUUGCGGACUUUCAAAAGCGUUUUCGUCCUGAUUCUCAAAUCUAUAUUCCAGUGCCUACAUGGGCCAAUCACCAUAACAUAUGGAGAGAUGCCCAAGUUCCUCAAAGGACUUUCCAUUACUAUCAUCCAGAGUCUAGGGGUUUAGACUUUGCAGGAUUGAUGGAUGAUAUUAAGAAUGCUCCAAAUGGCUCAUUCUUUCUGCUUCAUGCUUGUGCUCACAACCCAACCGGAGUGGAUCCUUCAGAGGAACAAUGGAGAGAGAUAUCGUACCAGUUCAAGGUAAAGGGCCAUUUUGCUUUCUUUGACAUGGCUUAUCAAGGUUUUGCUAGUGGUGAUCCAGAGAGGGAUGCCAAGUCCAUCAGGAUUUUUCUUGAGGAUGGCCAUCACAUUGGAAUUGCCCAGUCAUAUGCAAAAAAUAUGGGACUCUAUGGCCAGAGAGUAGGAUGCCUUAGUGUGCUUUGUGAAGAUGAAAAACAAGCAAUUGCUGUAAAAAGUCAGUUGCAGCAGCUUGCUAGACCUAUGUACAGUAACCCACCUCUUCAUGGAGCAGUAAUAGUCUCAACUGUACUUGGUGAUCCAGAAUUGAAGAAUUUAUGGCUCAAGGAAGUAAAGGGCAUGGCAGAUCGCAUAAUCGGAAUGCGAACAGCCCUUCGAGAAAACCUCGAAAAGUUGGGUUCCCCCAUAUCAUGGGAGCACAUAACUAACCAGAUUGGCAUGUUUUGCUAUAGUGGGUUGACACCUGAACAGGUUGAUCAAUUGACAAAUGAGUUCCAUAUCUAUAUGACUCGCAAUGGCCGUAUAAGUAUGGCGGGUGUUACCACCGGCAAUGUCGGAUAUCUUGCAAAUGCUAUACAUGAAGUCACAAAAUCUGCAUAGAUACUUGAUAUAGGGACCCUGUAAUGCAACAUCAAGCAUUGCGGACGCUGGAUUUUUGACAUUUGCUUCCCCUUCAUUAAUUUAUGAACGGGCAAUAAAAAAUUAACAUGACUUCCUCCAUUUUUUAAAAGUCAUCCCUGGGAGGGUUUGUAACUUUCGGAUUAGUAGGCUCCUGUAAUACAGCAAUAAUCGAGAGCGGCUUUUAUCCAAGCCAGCAAAUUAAUUGGGGAAAAAAUAAAACUAUUGGGAUUUUAAUUAAAUCCGAGUAAUUAUUGAGUACGAAAGUAGUUUUCUCAGUCGGUCAAAUAUUUUUCUUUUAUAGUUAUAUUGUCUAAUUAUUUUCUUUUUCAAACCCAAAUUUAAUUUUCGGCUAAUUCAUCUCUUACGCAAUUUUGAGCCCCUCUUUUCUCUUUUCCUUGACGCCCUAAUAGGAUUCCAGUUUAGAAGGAAUGAAUAUACAAAAAAGCCUAGACCGUCCUUCGCCAAUGAAACAACUUAGAAUGAAUAUGAAAGGAUACAUAUAACAAGGUAAUUUGUUUUUAUCAAGUUACGAUAGUUUCUAAAUUAAAGUGGAGGGAUAUAGUUUAAAAGAUGUACAUAUAAAAUGCUUAUCGACUUAUUUCCUCUUCUCUUAUUAUUAUUAUUAUUAUUUUUAACAGGUAAGCUAUCACAAGACUAGCUUAAGGUAGAAAAUGGUAAUCAACAACAAUAAUAUUAAAGCCAAUAACAAAUUGUUUACCAAUGUGACAACCCGUAUACCAUGUGACUAUCCAUUUAAAAAUUUACUUUGUUCAUAUCUAAAUCAUUCUAAUUUUUACUACACAUUACCAUGCGACCUCAUGUGAAAUAAUUUGGUGUUACCACCUAUAGCAAUAUCGUUAAGCAAGUUGCUCUUGCAUUUAACAGUCUGAAUUCCACCCCAAAGAAUCACCUCGCAUUAAACACUCAACUUUCAAACUGCAAGUUUAGCAACAUCAAUGAAUAUAAGUAUUAGAUUACAUAAAUGGACUUGGCUAUUGGAACCUUUAGAAAACUAACAAUUUCGAAGCUUAUCAUGAAAAUCAUGAAGCAAUGUAAUUGAAAGAACCCAAGAAAAGAUAAAAGAGGGUGAAGGGAAGACAAGGUUACUUUUGAAUAGUAAAAACUUUAUAAUUCGAGCCAGACCGCCACAUGCAUAAAAGUAAAAACAAACACAAAGUAAAAUAAAAUUAAAAAAAGAAGAUAAAGAAGAAGAAAAGAAAAGCACGCUGAACUACUAUUGAACCCUUGAGCUUCUGUGGGCAUUUGAAGCCCCUACACCUAGCUAGACAUUUAAUAGCAUCACCUUCUUGUACUCUUAGCUUUCUUUUUACUGGAAUCCUUACGAUCAAAACAAUGUACAGAUGCAAGAAAAUAGUAUUUUUUUUUUUUUUUUUUUUUUUAAGACUAAAA